ACUUGUCUCGUCCACUCGGCUCUCCUCACCCCCUUAUCUCCUCUCCCGCCUCCCUCCAUCCCCACCAACCAGUCAGAGUCAGCCACACCACACCACGCCUCGAUCGCGCCCGCGUCGGAAAGCAGAGCACAGCACGCGAGAUGGUGGGCGCCGGCACCGCCGCUGCACCCAUAGCCGCGCCGCCGCUCGCGGCCGUCCGGGCCGGCGUGCUCCGGGUCUCUUGCUCGGCGUCCUCCGCCCCCUCCAAGAGCAGCGGCCCCAAGCGGCAGCAACGGCAGCAGGUGCCGCAGCCCGCUCCACCGCUGAGCAGCGCGGCGGUGUCGGCGUCGGCGGCCAUGGUGCCGCUGCUGCUGGCCCUGCCGCCGGACGCGCUGGCGGUGGAGGGCGAGUUCGGGAUCCUCGAGGGCCGGAGCUUCGCGCUGCUGCACCCGCUCGUCAUGGGCGGGCUCUUCGCCUACACGCUCUGGGCGGGAUACCUCGGCUGGCAGUGGCGCCGGGUCCGCACCAUCCAGGACGAGAUCAACGACCUCAAGAAGCAGCUCAAGCCCGCCGCCGCCGCCACGCCCGCCGCGGUCGGCGCCGGGUCCGGAGACGCCUCCUCCUCCUCCACGCCGCCGCCCGCUCCCAAGUCGCCGGUCGAGAUCAAGAUCGAGGAGCUCACCGAGGAGCGGAAGAAGCUGCUCAAGGGGUCGUUCCGGGACCGGCACUUCAACGCGGGCUCCAUCCUGCUGGGCCUCGGCGUGCUCGAGUCCGUCGGCGGCGCGCUCAACACCUGGUUCCGCACCGGCAAGCUCUUCCCGGGCCCCCACCUCUUCGCCGGCGCUGCCAUCACGGUGCUGUGGGCGGGGGCCGCCGCGCUCGUCCCGGCGAUGCAGAAGGGGGACGAGACGGCCAGGAGCCUGCACAUCGCGCUCAACACGAUCAACGUCCUGCUCUUCAUCUGGCAGAUCCCCACGGGGCUCGAGAUCGUCGGCAAGGUCUUCGAGUUCACUACCUGGCCAUGAUGAUUGCUGACAAGGCCGGGCAUCCCUCUGCUUCCGCACUCUGCAUGUCUCUUCUCUUCCAUCCAGUUUUAGGUUGUUGACUUGAUGAUAGCCGUGUGUGUUCAGUUCGUUCUGUCUGUCUGCAGGGGUGUUUUCUUGACCUCUGUCGAUGUUCAUAAGGUUGUGAUGUGAGGCUGUCAAAUUCCAAGUUUUUUUUUAUGCACGAGUGAGAGCUCGUUUUGAAGCACAAAAGUUUUGGUUCAGCUGAUGCGUGAAUCGCCAAAUUUCACGUUGGA